AUGACGGUCUCCACCAUAACCGCCUCAUCUCAUCACUCGAGCAAGUGCCUGCGGCCACUCACGUGCGUCUCCCUCGCCCUCCGCACCUCCUGCCCCUCAUUGUCAGCGCUCCCGUACGUCCAAGCGUGUAUCUCGUCGUACGUGGACUAUUCCGCACGCUUUUUCAUCCCUCAGGCAUGUUUACGCACCAUUUCGCGAGCUAAACUGCAUCUACUGGAGCGAUUACGAGCCAAUCAAUGCGCAAAUCAGGUACCGGACUCAGACGAAGAGCUACAGUGGUACCGUCAAUGGGCAUUUGCUCGCGGAAGUGCCUACGCUGCUGCUCGUGGCGAUCUCGACGUCUUGCAGUGGCUCUGUAAGGUUUAUUACCCUCAAGGACACGUAACAGAUGCUGUGGAAAAGGCUGCAGAGGCGGGACACGUGCACAUAUUGCAGUGGCUCUAUGCCCGCCAUCGAAACGUCGUGUGGGGGGCCAAUGAGCUGCAAGUUGCGGCUCAGAACGACCGCGUUGCAGUCGUCAAGUGGCUGUAUGCACACACGUCUCCUCCAGCCUCGGUCGGUAUACGGGCUGUGGAAUUUGCCGCUGCCAAUGGCAAUUUUUCACUUGUCAAGUGGCUACAUGUUGUGCAACGGCAGUGGUCGGGCUAUGCAGCAGGUGAAGCAGCUGCGCGAGGCCAUUUACAUGUGUUCAAGUACAUGGUCAAGGGACACGUUGUGCUCCGAGAGAGCGUGCUGAACGAAGCCGCAGCAAGUGGACAGCUGAAAGCUGUGAAGAAGCUGGUGAAGCGCCAAGCGACGUUAUUGACGACAAGGACGACCACUGCAGCGGCAGAAAAUGGACAAAUGCAGGUAGUCAAGUGGUUACAUGGCAAGAAGUUUGACGGAAAAUUUGUGCUCUGGACAACGGUAGCAAUGGACAAGGCAGCUACUAAUGGACACUUGAAGAUGGUCAAAUGGCUGCAUCAGAAUCGAUUUUUGGAAUCAUGGAAAGCCUGUACUCGAGAAGCUAUGAAUGGUGCUGCGCGGAAUGGUCACUUAAAGGUGCUGCAGUGGUUGCACAAGCAUCGUCAUGAAGGCUGUACGACCAAGGCGAUGGAUAGCGCUGCAGCAAACGGCCGUAUCAAGAUUGUCAAGUGGCUGCAUCAACACAGGGUGGAAGGGUGUACGCAAGAUGCGAUGGAUGCAGCGGCGGCGAACAAUCAACUGGCAACUCUGAUUUGGCUGCAUAGAAACCGAAGAGAAGGUUGUAGCACGGCUGCGAUGGACAACGCUGCUGGGGCUGGCCACUUGGAGGUGGUCAAGUGGUUGCACAGGAAGCGAAAAGAAGGAUGUACUUCGAACGCCAUGGACAGCGCAGCUGCCAAUGGACAUUUGAAGGUGGUGAAGUGGCUCCAUACUCACCGUAAAGAAGGCUGCACCGUGCGGGCAAUGGAUCGUGCCGCUGGAGGGGGUCACUUGGAAACGAUCAAAUGGCUUCAAUUGAAUCGGUUUGAAGGCUGCACGACAGCGGCAAUGGAUAAUGCUGCGGCUGGAGGGUGCUUGAAGCUUGUGCGGUGGCUACAUGAGCACCGUAAUGAGGGAUGUUCGACUAAUGCGAUGGAUGAGGCAGCUGGAGGAGGUCAUUUUGACGUGAUGGCGUUCCUGUUUGCCAACCGCAAUGAAGGCUGUACGUGGCUAGCAGCCGAGAACGCUGCGCGUUCGGGUCAUUUGGAGAUCUUACAGUGGCUGCACUUCUAUUUUCCGGACCGGUUCGAUCAUAGUCGCGUCGCUGCUGUCGCUAAUAGAGACGACUUAUAUCUGAUGGAGUGGCUGCACAGUGUUGGUAUCUGGUACGCGUUGUGA